AUGGAUGGCCAUGGCCAGCGAGAACACCAAAGACCCGAGUUCGGAAGCGCACGACUUGAGCGUGUAGCCGAGUAUACGGAGCCCCUGCGAGUGCCUGGAGAACUUGAAUAUCCGGAACACCCUGAACACGCGGAGCGUGACGAAAGCACCGGACACGUCGUCGUUGUCCGUGAUGCCCAGACCUAUGUAGUACGGCAGGAUGGCCACCACGUCGAUGAUGCUCAUGACGCUGCGCAUGAACUUGCACCGGUCCGGGGCUGCGAACAACCGCAACAGAUACUCAGUGGUGAAUAUCAUCACGCAGGCCGUGUCCAAGCAGAAGAACACGAUCUUGUAGCGUUCGCCGCACGGCAGUGUGCCCACGCGGCCGGGCCGGUGGCCGCAUGGCACCGUCUCCACCACGUUGGCCAUGACGGACACGGCGAUGAAGAAGCCGGUGACGUAGUAGAAGACGAGUGCCGCGGUGGACGUGUGUGGAUUGCCGAACGCCCGCCACAUCUUCUGCCGGAUGUUGGUGAGUUGCGGCAGGUUCUGGUCGCCGUUCUCCGACAGCUUGUCGUCCAUCAGCCGCUCAGCGUUCUCGCGCUUCCGGUCCCGGUAGUCCUCGUAGCAGCAGUCGCCGAUGACGUCUGGCAAUAUGCCGAAGAACGCCAGUUCCUCGUCGUAGCUGGUCAGGCACUCGUGCUUCGGGUAAUGCAGCUUGCCGGUACGGUAGUAGUUGAGUAUGUGCCGGAAUAUGUCCGGGUCCCGGUCGAAGAAGUACUCCUUGCAGUCUUCGUCGUGAGAAACUCCCGUUCGUUGGACCCGAGCAACGUGUCCGGGUACUUUUCCACCGUGUUUCGCCAUGUCUCGAACCGGCGCCCUGAGACGUUGAUCAGUAGCUUCUCGUCGUCUAUUCUCCGCCGGUCCUUGGGCACCGGCGGCGGCGGCAGUGGGUGCGUGGCGAUCGGCACCCAACCGAUGGCCGCCGCCCGGGCGAACGGCAGCCAAGCGGCGACCGAGGCCAUGCUGUGCGGUGGAAUGACAGUAUCCACGGCGGCCGCCGGUCCAGUUGUUCUCGUAUAA